UCAAUAACCUCUUCUGAUUCUACUUCUACCUCAUCUUUCUUUAAUACUUCUUAUAAUAACUCUCAAACACAACCAAAUACUUCUUCUUUUAACAACAAUGCUAUAUCAAAUUCUCAAACUAUCAAAAUUUAUAUUAUUGAAGAUGUUACAAUAGAAUCAGAUCACAAUAUUAUUCUACUUGAAUUUUCUAUUCUAUUAACAAUUUCUUCUUCAUACAAACAAUCUCCUAGGAAAGUCUCUCUUUGGAAACAAGCAUCAUCUGACAAAUCCAAAAAUACCAAAUACAUAUAG